AUGACAUCUUCCGGCUUUUCAGGGCCUUCGUGCCGCGAUCUAGAUAAUACUUUCCGUAUUGAUGCUGGGUCCUGUCGCGGAGGAUUCGAUUUCUCUCUUUUAUUUGAGGAGACUAUCCUCGAGAUAUUACCUAUUCUAUUAAUGCUAAUUAUUAUUCCUGGCCGUCUGUGGAUUCUCUUGCAAAAACGAAACAAGGUUGUGGGAUCAUGGUUGGUGUUCGUCAAGCUUGCGGCUUGGUUGGCACUGCUGGGUCUUCAAAUUGCACAAACAGCCCUAUGGGCCCUUCCAGCAGCCGACAUUACCAAAGCAUCGGUUGCAGCCAAUGUGCUCCUCACAGUCGGCAUAUUCGCGCUCGUCCUGCUUUCUUAUGCAGAGCACACGCGUUCUGUGCGACCCUCCUUCAUUUUGAAUACCUACCUGUUCUGCAGUUUGCUUUUCGAUAUCGCUCGUUCUAGAACUCUGUGGCUUCGCAGUGUGGACAGCUUCAAUGACAUCCUUGCCAUUCUCGCUACAGUAGCGGUCAGUGUCAAAGCGGUUCUGUUCGUGCUGGAGGCUGUGGAGAAGAAGCACAUUCUCAAAUCGGAAUACGCCAAUUAUCCUCCAGAAGCGACUGCAAGUUUCUAUAACCGUGCUGUGUUCUGGUGGCUGAACCCACUGUUCAAGCUCGGCUACACCGGUGUCCUGCGUGUGGAAGAUCUCUUUUCAUUGGAUAAAGAACUGAGCUCUGAGCGCCUACUGACUCGAUUUGAUGAGAAAUGGAGCAAAGUGACUACUAAGUCGCCAAACACUCUCCAAUGGGAGUCAUUGAAGGCCGUCAAAUGGCCCCUGCUUGCGGGUAUCCCUGCCAGAGCUUGCGUCGUCGCUUUCAACUUCUGUCAGCCUUUGCUCUUGGAGAGAUCGAUCUCUUUCUUCAAUUCACCUGUCAACCAGGGUACCCAAAACAUCGGAUACGGACUUAUUGGCGCCUAUAUCAUGGUUUAUGGUGGACUCGCAAUUUCAAUGGGCCAGUAUCAGCAUCUCACUUAUCGCGGCAUUACCAUGGUCCGUGGUGUUCUUGUCACAAUGCUAUACAAGAAAGCCAGCUGCUUGGGCCUUGGGGAGAUCGACCCCGCCAACUCGCUCACUUUGAUGAGCGCAGACGUCGAGCGCAUCACACAGGGAUGGCAGACCAUCCACGAGAUCUGGGCGAACUCGGUUGAGAUCGCCUUGGCUAUCUACCUUCUCAAAGUUCAACUUGGAGUUUCCUGUGUUGUUCCUGUUUGCGUCGCUGUGUUUGCUUUGCUUGGAUCGUUGGUCGGGAUGUCCUUCGUGGUUGCAGGACAAGCUAAGUGGCUGGAAGCUAUUGAGAAGCGUAUUAAUGCUACUUCCGGGAUGCUUGGAUCAAUCAAGGGAGUCAAGAUGCUUGGCUUGCAAGAUUCCUUCAUGAAGUUUGUUCAUGGUCUUCGCAUCAGCGAGUUGGAUAUCUCCAAGAAGUUCCGUACCCUUCUGGUUAUAAACAUGGGUUUUGCCUGGUUGACCCGGAUUUUUGCCCCCGUCUUCACCUUUGGUGUUUAUGUCGGUACCUCAAGCCAGCCCUUGAGCGUCUCCCGAGCUUUCACAUCUCUGUCUCUGUUCUCGCUUCUGGCAGACCCUCUCUUGACCUUGGUGAUGGCACUUAUGUCUUUCGCCGGUGCCGUUGGCUCUUUCCAGCGUAUUCAACAGUUCUUGGACAAAGAGGACCACGUCGAUCGCAGGAAUAACUCGCAGACUUUGUUCCUCGAUGAUCUCACUGAAAAGCGUGUGCUGUCGAAGGCUAAGGACCUUGAACUUUCUUCCAUCAACUCUGACUCUCUCGAGUCGCUCAAGCGCUCCAGUGCCCCGCCUUCUGGAAACGCCGUCGUUGUCCAGAGUGGAAGCUUUGGAUGGGAAGCGGAUAAGGAUCCAAUUCUCAAGGACAUUACCAUAACCAUCCCUCAAGCCAGCUUCACGGUUCUCAUUGGACCAUCAGGAUGCGGCAAGUCUACUUUGCUCAAAGCUUUCCUCGGAGAAAUCCCCUGUUCCGAAGGGAAGGUUGCACUCGCCUUCCCCAGCGUUGCUUACUGUGAUCAAACGCCGUGGCACAUGAAUGGCACCAUCAAAGAAAGCAUUGUUGCGAUGUCCGACUAUGAUCCUCAAUGGUAUGCGUCCGUGAUUCGGGCUUGCGCUCUGGAAGAAGACCUCUCACAGUUCCCUCGUGGGGACUCUGCUGUUAUCGGAAGCAAAGGUAUUGCCCUCAGUGGAGGUCAAAGCCAACGUAUUGCACUUGCACGAGCAGUCUACGCCCGGAGAAAGAUUAUGAUCCUCGACGAUGCCCUCAGUGGUCUGGACGCUACCACGGAAAAUCACAUAUUCCACAACCUUUUCGGGUCGGGAGGACUUCUGAAAGAGAUUGGAACUACAGUUAUCGUUGCCUCAUCUUCCGUCAAGCGCCUUCCCUACGCCGAUCACAUCAUUGUCUUGGAGGAAGGUGGUCGGGUUUCUGAACAGGGAAGCUUCGCUGCUCUGAACAAGACUGGUGGAUAUGUGUCAAGCUUCGGACUCGGGCUGCCUGAUUGGGAGUACAAGGCUAAGCGAUUUUCCGACACUCCCAGUUACGACAGCAUGGACAGUAUCCAAAAAGAAAAGGAGGCAUUGAUCGAAGAGCCUGAGCACCAUGAUAGGGGUGGCGAUCUCGGAAUCUACACAUACUACAUCGACGCCAUCGGAUGGCUCCCUGCGACUGUCUUCAUGGUCGCAAUGGCCGGUUUUGUGUUCUGCAUUUCAUUCCCUAGCAUCUGGGUAAAAUGGUGGGCUCAGUCCGACACUGCACACCAUAAGCAAGAGAUCGGCCAUUACGUGGGUAUCUAUGUAAUGCUUGGCUGCAUCGCCAUGAUCUCACUACUCGUCGGCUGCUGGCAAAUGAUCAUCACUAUGGUCCCAAAGUCUGGCGAGAGCUUCCACCGCAAGCUGCUGACCACUGUCCUCGCCGCCCCGAUGUUGUUCUUCUCGAGUACCGACAGCGGGUCAAUCCUUAACAGGUUCAGUCAAGACUUACAACUUAUCGAUAUGGAGCUUCCUGUCGCUGCGAUCAAUACUGUUGCUACGUUCUUCCUUUGCCUGGCACAGAUGGCUCUUAUUGGAGUCUCCUCCAAAUACGCAGCCAUCUCCUUCCCGAUCGUGCUUGGUAUCUUGUUCUUCAUUCAGAAGGUGUACCUGCGCACCUCGCGCCAGCUUCGUUACUUGGAUAUCGAGGCCAAGGCUCCGCUGUACUCGCACUUCACCGACUGUCUUCAAGGACUUGUGACUCUACGUGCCUUCGGAUGGGAAUAUGACAUGGAGAAGAAGAAUAUCGCUCUCCUGGAUCACUCCCAAAAGCCCUUUUACUUCAUGUUCGCUAUUCAGCGCUGGCUCACUCUGUCGCUGGACAUGGUUGUGGCGGGAAUUGCUGUUCUUCUGAUCGUGCUGGUCGUCGCUCUGCGUGGAUCAACUCUUAGUGCCGGCUACGUUGGUGUCGCGCUGCUGAACGUUAUCCAGUUCAGUCAGAGCAUCAAGCUUCUGGUUACCUUCUGGACCAACUUGGAGACGCAUAUCGGUUCCAUCCAGCGUAUCAAAGACUUUACGUCAACCGUCGAGUCGGAAGACAGGCCUGGUGAAGACCAGGAUGUGCCCCCUAACUGGCCCUCGAAGGGUGCAGUCGCCUUCCACUCUGUCUCUGCGGCUUACAGACCCUCCGAACCAGUUCUCAACGAUGUUUCUCUUACUAUCCAGGCCGGCGAGAAAGUCGGCAUUUGCGGACGCACUGGAAGUGGAAAAACCUCCAUGAUCAUGAGCAUCUUCCGCAUGAUGGAAUUAACCAGCGGCACUAUCACCAUCGAUGGAGUUGACAUCAGUCGACUCCCCCGACGAGCGAUCCGGUCACUGAUCAACGGCGUCUCACAAGAUUCCCUUCUCUUCCAAGGCAGCGUCCGAUUGAACGCCGAUCCGACCGGCGACCACACCGACCGAGAGAUCUUGGCAGCCCUCAAGAGCGUCCAGCUCCUCCCUGCGAUCCAAGAAAAGGGGACUCUUGACACAGACAUUGACGAGAUCCACCUGUCUCACGGCCAAAAGCAGCUCUUCUGCCUUGCCCGCGCCCUCCUUCGCCCAGGCAACAUCCUCAUUUUGGAUGAAGCCACUAGCAACAUCGACACCAAAACAGAUGAAAUUAUGCAGCGUGUUAUUAGAGAGAAAUUCUGCAACCACACCAUCAUCGCGGUCGCCCACAAGCUUGACACAAUCCUCGACUUCGAUCGCAUCGUCGUCUUGGAGGCUGGUCGCAUCAUUGAGAACGGGGAACCGCAUAUGCUGCUGGCCGACGCCAAGUCGCACUUCAGCAACCUCUAUAUGAGUGUCAUGGCGACCGAGGAAUCAGAUUAA